AUGGGUGCCAAUGGCCGUGGACAUACAUACAUUGCUGUGAGCACUGCACUUGUCGUAUUGUCCACAAUUGUUGUUGGCAUUCGCAUUGCUGCACGAUGGGUCAAGUCAAGCCUGGGAUGGGAUGACUACGCGAUAUGUGUUUCAAUUGUUCUUGCAUAUAGCAUGCUCGGGCAAGCCAUUUUCUGGGCCCGAGAUGGAGGACUUGGAAAGCAUAUGACCGAGCUAACUGCUCAAGAGAAAACUACCUUCCAACAGGCGAGUAUCACGCUGAAUUUGCUCGCCGGCGGCUUAGUCCUAGCAUGGUGUCUUGCAGUCUUCAUCACCGUCCUCGUCCAAUGUCGUCCGAUUUCCUACAACUGGAACAAAAACCAGCGCGGCACUUGCAUCAACGCGAAAUCAUUCUUCUUCGGCAACGCAAUAUCCAAUCUCCUCAUUGACGUGAUCAUCCUCGCUUUGCCAAUUCCCAUGGUUUUACAGCUCCAAUUACGUCUAUCACAGAAACUGACCAUUCUGGGCAUAUUUCUGCUCGGCAGCUUUGUCUGUGUCGCGAGUGUCAUGCGCGUGGUUACGCUCGAUAUCUUCAAUGACGAUACCUCAUAUUCUAUCAUGGAGGCCGCCACCUGGACCUUCGUUGAGCCUUGUGUUGGUAUUAUUUGCGCUUGUUUGCCGACUAUGCGUCCGUUGCUGCGAUCCCUGUUCUCUUCGUUCUCGUGGAGUACGGAGAAUUCCAAGGACGCCCCUGUUGGAAGGAAUUAUGGGAUGCAGCGGAUGACUAGGUCUGGCAAGACUAAUGAGGAAGCAUGGGGUGACCGGUUCGACGAUGAAUAUGCGUUGACCGCAGGAAGCUCGAAAUCGAGGGUCCAUGUGGAUGACACUUUAUAG